AUGGCCUCAGAAUUUUCGCUGUUAGCUGAUAGUAUUGAAGCUUAUCCGCAAAUGGCUACUGCUGGGCCAUCGGGUACUUUUGUCUUCCAUGGCGUUUCAGACGCCAACAAGGAAACUGUUGAGAAGCUAAACGGACUGAUGCUUCGGGUUUUGGCUGUUGCACCAGUUUCGGAACAUACGCAUUUCCGGGUUAAAGCUCCUCGGUCUAUUUUAGGUCAAGAAUUCGUCGCAACUCUAAAGCAAGUAGUAGUUUUACAGGAAGUGGCGCCAUGUCCAGACUUUGAAGAAGCCGAGCAUUUAGCUACAAUGCUUUUACGCUACGGUUUUGUAUACCCUAUAUUUGAAGAGGAUCUCCUAAAUGUUAGGAACGACGGGACUCUCUACAGAAUCCAGCGGCCUUACUUUUGGCCUUGGACGUCGAAAGUAGUUAGCAAUAUUGAAUAUGCUAUUUUCCUACACAAACGAGUUUUACGCAGCGACAGGCAUGGCUUAAAUGAGGAGGAAGCUGAAUGCUACAACUUGUACCUUGAGCUUCUGGGUCAUCAAUGGAGAUUUGUUACAGAACAGGCAGAGUUGCGAUUGAAAAGUCACAAGAAGAAGGAAAAGAUUGAGCGUGUCAUAUAUGACAGUGAUGAAAGAGCAUUUUGGCGUCUACGCAAACCUGGAUCGAAUGCGCUGGAAGAACCCCCGAACAAGAUCCUGAAGAAGUUGAGGAAGCCCACGGCAGAAAUGUUGAAGAAGGAGAUUGAAAUUAUGGAAAAGGCUCUAAGGAAUAAACCCUGGUUGCAAGCUGAACCAUCCCAACAGAGAAUGAUAACUACAGUUACGCAAAUGCAACAGUUUGAUCCCAUGUUUAGCCCUCCGCAACCUAGUAAUCCUUGGAUAUCUGACGACCCAACAUAUUUUGCGCUUAACAGUGAUACAGCGGAUAUUCCAACAGAAUCAAAAGUGCGAGAGUGGACUGUUGGUUUCAAGUUUUUAAUGUUUAACAAGAUGGGACGUCAAGCCUUUGAAAGCUUCUUGGAAACAGAAUUUUCAAGGGAAAAUAUAAGGUUCUGGAAUGCUGUACAAGAUUUAAAACGAGCACCUAUCAGAUUAGUCGAUGAAAAGGUUCAACAAAUAUACGACGAGUUUAUGGCGCCUGAUGGAAAGUCUCCGAUUAAUGUUGAAAUUUCAACGAGGGAACAAGUGGAAAGAAUGCUAAGAGAUGGAAAACGAAAACGAUAUGCAUUUUCUGCUGCUGAGGAUGAUAUUUACUAUCUUAUGGAAAGAGAUGCAUACCCUCGAUUUGUUCGUUCCGAUUUCUACAAAGAUUUGUUAAAAUCUGCUCAGCAGCCAGGCUCAAGAAGGACGUGGAAAAAUUUACUAAAGAGCAAAACCAAAUCUUUACAACCAAGUGUUUCUCAACAAAAAGCGCAGCGCGAAGAAGAAUCACAAGAGUCACCAAGUACUGAUUCUGUCGCAGCUGCGUGGGUUCAGCAGUUAAAGCUGGAAGAAACGGGCAUCAGUGAACAAUCUGAAUAG